CCAUGAACGCGCAAUAGUCAAGACGCUCGUGUCCGGAGGUGCGCGCAUGCGCAGGGCCACCCAAGCCGCCAACUAAGGGGCCAACAUGGAGAGAAAAGUUCUGGCACUUCAGGCGAGGAAGAAAAGGUCCAAAGCCAAGAAGUCGACCAAGAAGCCAGCACAUCCUCCACGCGGGGCAUCACAACAGCAGGCCCCUACAGAGACCCAGAUACAGGAGCCCGAUGAGGAAAUCCUUGGCUCUGACGAUGAAGAGCAAGAAGAUCCUAAUGACUAUUGCAAAGGAGGAUAUCACCAUGUGAAAAUAGGGGACCUAUUCAAUGGUAAAUACCAUGUGAUCCGGAAGCUGGGAUGGGGGCAUUUCUCCACUGUGUGGCUGUCCUGGGACAUCCAAGGGAAGCGGUUUGUUGCCAUGAAGGUGGUAAAGAGUGCAGAGCAUUACACUGAAACAGCUCUGGAUGAAAUAAAGCUACUCAGAUCUGUCAGAAAUACAGACCCUGAUGAUCCAAACAGAGAGAUGGUUGUGCAGCUACUGGAUGACUUCAAGAUCUCAGGGGUCAAUGGGACUCAUGUCUGCAUGGUGUUUGAGGUUCUAGGGCACCACUUGCUUAAAUGGAUUAUCAAGUCCAACUAUCAAGGCUUACCUCUGCCCUGUGUCAAGAGCAUCAUUCGACAGGUUCUUCAAGGUCUGGAUUAUCUGCACACGAAGUGUCAAAUCAUCCACACAGAUAUUAAGCCAGAGAACAUUCUCAUGAGUGUGGAUGAGCUGUAUAUCAGGCGGUUGGCUGCAGAAGCCACUGAGUGGCAGAAAGCUGGUGCUCCCCCUCCAUCUGGGUCAGCAGUGAGCACUGCCCCAGCACCUAAACUGGCACCAAAAAUGUCAAAAAACAAGAAAAAGAAGCUAAAGAAGAAACAGAAGCGUCAAGCGGAGCUCCUGGAGAAGUGCAUUAUGGACUUGGAGGAGAUGGAGAUUGGGCCUGAAGGCAGAGAAGAAGAGGAGGAUGACCCAGAAUCCCCCAAAUCCCCCUCCUGUGCCCCACUCAGACAAGCGUCACUGCAGGACAUUGCUUCUGAGGAUGCAAUAAUGGAGACCAGAGAGAGACUAACCUCAGAUGCUUCACUUGAGCUCAACUGUAACGGCUGUAUACACUCCAGUCAAACACAACCUGAAGAGGAUGAUCAAGUAGACCAGCGACAUGGCCAACUGCUACAGAAGGGCCAACUGCUACAGGAGGACCACCAUAAUGCAAACACAGGCCCAGAGGACACAGCUCAAAGCAUGUACGAGUACUGUAAUGGGGCCGAGUCCCCUGAUCUGGACCAGGCCUGCUACAGUAAUGGCACCUCAGGCCGAGAGCAGCCGGAGGAGGGAGAGUUGCCAUCCAGAGAACAAGAUCAGCAAAAGACUAGAACCAGAGCCAGGGAACAGAACAAGGAUAAGCUAAAGAACGAUAAGUUGUCAUCUGGAAGCCUAUUGGUCAAUCCACUGGAGCCAUUUAACGCAGACAAAAUCAAGGUCAAGAUUGCUGACCUUGGCAACGCCUGCUGGGUGCACAAGCACUUUACUGAAGACAUUCAGACCCGGCAGUACCGCUCCCUGGAGGUGCUGCUGGGAUCGGGGUACAGCACACCCGCUGACAUAUGGAGCACAGCCUGCAUGGCGUUUGAAUUGGCCACUGGUGAUUAUUUGUUUGAGCCCCACUCUGGUGAAGAUUACUCCAGAGAUGAAGACCACAUUGCUUUGAUCAUUGAACUGCUGGGGGCCGUCCCACGCAAACUCAUAUUGACCGGAAAAUAUUCCAAGGAGUUUUUCACCAAGAAAGGUGACCUGAAGCACAUCACUAAACUGAAGCCGUGGGGUUUGCUGGAUGUUCUGAUGGAUAAAUACGAGUGGCCUCGGGAGGAGGCCGAGACCUUCACUGAUUUCCUGAUUCCAAUGCUGGAGCUCCUGCCAGAGAAAAGAGCCACUGCUGCAGACUGUCUGCGACACCCUUGGCUUGCCGUCUAGUGGCCUCUUGCUGUCACUGCACAUACUUCAGGCCAUCUCUCCCUGAACUCUAGAGACUGCAACAGAUCACUUUCCAGUUUAUAGAGCAUAUCGGCGUAGUUAUUUUUCUUCUGUUAAUCUGAGUGAUCUCAUUUGCUUGGCUCACCAGAGGAAUAGUAAACCUGUCUGUUUUUGUUCUAGAUGCUUUCUUCUACUUUCUUUUUUCUUUUUUUUUGUUCGUGAGGAUUACACCCGCCUUGCUCCCACUGCCGUCCCUGUUAUUUUGGCAAAGGAUGAAAUUUAGACCUAGGAGGCGCCUGUUUAGGUACCUGGGGUAUUUUCUGGAGUCGUUAAAAAUUAAGAUGGAAGUCUGUUUUUUUGCAGUACUAACAUGAGAUGCAGUCCAAUCCUCCUGAGCACCGAUGACCCAGACUGCAGUGCAAUGUACAAGAGAUCAUUUUGUUACUCAUAGUUUUCUGAGUGGGAAAGGAAUGGUGGUUUAUGGAAAGGGAAUUGUUUGGUUUACCUUUAUGACUGUAGAGUAUAAAUUAAGAUGUUCUGUUCUGCGUCAAGAUUCGCCACACUUCUGUGUUUCUCCCAACUAUACAAGUGUCUUUUGUGUGUGUUUGUGUGUUUAUUAGUUCAGUAGGUUUUGAUCUUGUCUGUCUCAGAUUAGAUUUUAAAGAGCUGAAGUCUUCUCACUCAUGGUCAGUACAUUUUGUGUACAAGAAGCUUCCACAUAAAGUGAGUAACUGUCAAGGGCCACCAAAAGUGAUAUGGGGGGAGGGGGAGAAAAACAUUUGUGAGUGUGUGUUGUACGUAUGAUUUAUGUGUGCGCGCAUGUGCAUGCGUGUGUGUCUGUAUAUAUGUGUACCAAAGAGUUUGCCUUGAUCUGUAUAUUACAGCCAUGUACAGUUUUUAAAAGAAAUCCUACUAUUGCAUCUAAGCUAAGAUUACUUAGCUGGAUAGAAGUGUUUUAAUAAAGCAUUUGGAAGAUGGGUGCACCUGUUGGUCUGAUUUGCUGUUUUCAAAAAAUUUAAAAUUUUAUAAAAUGGAGGUGAUAAAGCAGAGUAUUUUUCAUUGUAAUGUACGCUGAUCUUUUGUACAGAUGAAAGUUAAGAUUAAAUAAUUGUUGUGUUACUAAAUCAGUGCAAAACAAUUAGAAAAAAAGGUAAAGAGUGCCGGAAAAUGUGUAUUUUUUUUUUAUUUGGUAACAUUUUAUGAAAUACAUCAGAACCAGGGGCUGUCGAUCUGGAUUGACAAUUUUACAUUAUAGCCUUAUAGCCUGAAUAUAUAUAUAUAUGUAUAUAUACUAUAAAAUAUGUAUGCAAAUUGUAUAAUAUCCAAGGUACACAUUUCUAGUAAUUGUGCAGGUCAUUCUCGUAUUGUAUUUUCAGAAAGUUUUGGAAUAUUUGUCCUCUCCCCAAAUUUGUCACUACUGAAACACAGUAAUAAAAAUUUUAUUAGAAGGGUUA